AUGCGUCUCACGGUCAUCCGCGCCGAAGCGCUCUCGUCCUCGGACGUGAACGGCAAGAGCGACCCGUUCGUGCGCGUGUUCUACGACGGCAAAGAGCUCGCGUCGUCGCCGAGCGUGAAGCGGUCGCUGAACCCGCGCUGGGACUUUGACGUGGCCGUCGCGCUGGUCCACGCGGGGCCGCUGGACGUGGAGAUUGAAGUCGUGGACAAGGACGAGUUCACGCAGAGCGACCUCUUGGGCGCGCUCCGCGUGCCGUUCCCCGAGUGGCGCGCGCUCGUGGCGACGUAUCAGAACCGCACGCGCGCGCGCACGGAAGCGCUUGUGUCGGGUGCGCGGGAGAAGGACCGAACUGCUGCAGGUGCUGCGACAGGGACGACGGCUGCGGUCGCGCUGGGGGGCCACACGAUGCCCUACACGACCAGUGACAGUGACGUUGACAAGAUGGACCACACGUCAAAGGGCAUGGAGCUGCACGGACGGUCGCGGUCGUUGAAUUCGAGCGGGAGCUACUUUUGCGACGAGAGUCGCGUGUCGGCGGCAGCAGCAGUGGGAGAGCCGACAGGCACGAAGGACGGCAUGGCCAUUGACCGUGUGUUUAUCUGGUGUCGAUUGGUCAAGGGCUUGACGGCCCAGGGACGCAUUUUGUGCAGUAUCCAAUACGAAGAGCGAGAUCUCAAGUACCUUGUGAACCAUCCGUACGGCACGAGUAUCCAAGAGGUGUUUCUCCCGCAGAACCCGCGGUUUGAACACGCUUAUUGUCAUUUACCACGGAGCUGGCACCCGGACGUUGCCGACUGUCUGUUUCCGUGGCACGAAAAGCUACUGCAUAUGGUGGAGGAAGUGACGGUGACAUUUCAUGUGAAUGAAUCGAAUCAAGGCGUUCUUGCAACGUUGGUGCUGACCAACUACCGCAUCUGGUUUGUCCCGUAUCGCAGAGUGAGAGGGUUACUUCAUGAGGAUGUGCACACGCUACCGGUGAGCAAGAUUUUAAAGGCGUCGAUCCAGCAGCAGAAGCGUAGCAACAACAAUGUGAUUACGGUACUUAUUCUGGACAAUAUGGAUGCUGGGCAUUACCACGUGACCCUUUCGCCGAUUUCUCGACUACGAAAUUCGGUGCGCGAUUUCUCCCGUGAGGCAGAGCUUAAGCGUGUCAAAACGCUGCACAACAUUGUGCGUGAAAUUGACUGGCUGCGUAUUGAGAACAGCUUUUGCUCUCCGACGGACCGCAAUCACAUUGUAGCAACGGCAGACGAGAUGCAACUUGAGGAUGACUUGCUCCAUUACACGCCCAAACACAGUAGCUCAUCAAUGCCGCCACCGAUGGCACGGGCACUGACGGCGAACUUCAGCAAGUACCAGAAGCGCACGUUUGCCAAAGAGUGUAUGAGCGGCCCGGCUCUCUGUGGCAAUGGUAAUUCGCUGGAGCGACCGAAGUUCAAACACCUCCAGAGUGAGUCGGCUGCCGCUCCCCACCUAACGCAUACAACAUCGAUGAGGAAACCUCCGCAGCAUUUCCAGCUUGCAGCCAAGAGACGCAUUCGAUACGAUCCAGAAACCGAGUUCAGUCGACAGGGCGCGUUGAAUCAUCCUCGUUGGCGCAAAUGCACUCUCAACGAAAAUUAUCAGCUAUGCUCCACGUACCCAUCAUUCCUCAUGGUGCCGGAAUGCUUGAACGAUGAGAUUAUAAAGGAAGCAGCUGGAUUUCGAAGCAAAAGCCGUUUUCCAGCUCUCAGUUGGAUUCAUCCUCGCACGGGCGCUCCAUUGUGUCGCAGCAGCCAGCCGAACACAGGCGUGCUCCGGAGCACGAAUCCAGAAGAUAAGAAGCUGAUUUGGGCCAUACGGGAUGCGUCCAUUCCAGCGGACCAAGCAGCGAAAUCUAGACACACGCUUCCCAAGAAGAAGAACAGCGUUCUUCACAUUGUUGACGCACGACCGGAAAUCAAUGCAAAGAGCAAUGCGCUUGCUGGAAAGGGUCAUGAGUCUGUCAAGCAGUACGAUCGGGAUGGGAUACCCAUGGCCGCAAUUACGUUCAUGGGAAUCGACAACAUUCACGUAGUGCGCAACUCGCUUGCUGGUCUGGCGCAGGCUCUGUACGAGGUGGAGGACUCGAGCUUUUUUGGUGCUGUGCAAAAGAGUCGUUGGCUGGAGCACAUUUGCAGCAUCCUGCAGGGCGCAACUGAAGUGGCGACGCAUCUCGAGCGUGGGGAGGCUGUUCUAGUACACUGCAGCGACGGAUGGGAUCGUACGGCUCAGCUCUCCUCCCUUGCACAGAUAAUGUUGGAUCCAUAUUACCGGACACUUGAAGGCUUCGCACAACUUUGUGAAAAAGAUUGGUGUUCUUUCGGCCACAACUUCCAGCGUCGCUGCUCACAUCCUACUUCCGAUCAAACGUCGCCGAUCUUCCUGCAGUUUAUCGACGCUGUAUACCAGCUCACACUGCAGUUCCCGACGCAUUUCCAAUUUAAUGAGCUGCUUCUCUCGUCCGUUGCUGAAGCUGUCUACUCGUCAUGGUAUGGCACCUUCCAAAAAAAUUCUGAAUGCGAGCGGCGCCUUUUCUUAUCGAGUGUGGCGAGUGUCAGCGUGUGGGACGUAAUUCGCGCCACCACGGAUCAAUUUUUGAACCCCUUGUUUGCAGGUAGGGGGGUACACGCGUCGAAGGGGAGUGGGUCACAUAUGGAGCCAAUGUUGCCCGUGUGUCGUGUGCGCGUCAUGCAACUUUGGGUCAGCCAAUAUCAGAAGGCGAUUGGUCAUAUGCGCUUGCAGCAGCGAGAAUUCGAAAUGCUGCAGCUAAUCCGGCAGCAAGAAGCAGAUCUGUCGCGGCUAUAUGCUGCGCUGACUAGCGACCAGCACAUUGAGCUUCGCGCAGGACAGAUUCGAUCCGACAUUGCGAAAUUGUCAAGAAGCAUGAAUUUGAAGUAUCCUGAUACCCCAGUGGCGCCGUUGACACAGCCGGAGAGGAAGGGACUCCUGUCUAGUUUCAAUACAGGCGCACAUCGUAGCUUCGGCGAGCUUCCUAUCUCGGCAGGCUCGCUUGAUUUCCACGAUCUAGCUAGUAUUGUGGCUAUGGGUACGGCGGGGGCUUCAGCGCGAGCGACGACGUCGUCUUCGUCACCUUCUGGAGAGCACAUGACUAUGAUGCAGAUGUUACACUGUGGAAGCCUUGAUGCCUCUUCUGGUACUCUUUCGUCUAAAGGAACGGGCCCGCCAUUGCAGUCGACAAAUCUGCCUACCACUCGACGGCGCAAGUCCUUGACAAGUCGCUCACGAAGUAACAGCCUGAAGAGUACCAUCUUCAAUGUAGUCGCACAGAUGAAGGGUGGUACUCAUGACAAAGACAUGGACGAAACCGAGGACGUUGGUUCUGCAACACUGCCUAACCCAGUCCGUGUAAGCGAAGGUCGCCGUGAUCAGCAUUCGAACUCGCCGUCACGCCGGGAGGAACUCAAACGUGACCUUCGCCACCUCGAAUCCCAGCUGGCAAAGCUUGAUCACCAGGUGGCGAUCAAAGAAAACGCAGCCAAACAGACAUUGCGGCGGUUUCGCUGCUACAAUUACAACCUUCCAGAGACAGCGUUGCGCACCGAGAAGGAUACAUUUUCUCCCAGCAGUGGUACGAAGGUUCGGCUUGGCCUUCCGAACGGAGCAAGCAAGUCGUAUCAUUCUCCAAGGACUUCGUCGCCACCAUCGUCCUCUUCUUCACCAGGCUCAGUUUCAACAUCCUUCUCCGCAGGAGCCACCGGUGACUUGGGCGACUCGGGCUCGAUCGAUAUGGAUCACCGCAAUUUUACACCUGGAAGCUCGCCGUUACUGGGAACUGAUAAAGUGAUCUCUGGCGGAAACUUUUUGAAUUCUCAGCCUGUGUGGGAGCGCGACGAGGAUGCAACAUGUUGCAAGCGCUGCAAGAAGAAGUUCAAGGCCAUUUUUCGUAACCGACACCAUUGUCGCUGCUGUGGGUACGUCUUCUGCGGCCGGUGUACAAGCCAUCGUAUGAGUCUCCCAGAUUUUGGAUACUACGACGUUGUGCGUGUGUGCAAGGUUUGUUACAACUCUGGCGAAGACGGAUAA